GUGGAAGUCGCAGGGUCAAUGAUGCGAGUCAGGGUCCUUUUGUGUGGAUCCUUGAACUGGCCCAGACGCGACAAAGAUAGGGGUGGUUGAUCGGGGAAAUAGCGAGCUCGGCUGUCGGGACAACUGGUGCGAACUGCGGGGGAAUUCCCUGGCAGCGACGUCUGCAGCUCACCAGCCUUCCUCUCCGAUGUCACUCCUUCAUGACCCAUAUAUCGUGAUAUGGAUGAGUAUCACGGUCCAGACUCAUCCGGGUCGCCCGAGAAUCAGGCCCGGGGCCCGGAGAUCGGGCAUGCAUGCAACUCGUGCCGAAGACGUAAGCUGCGCUGCUCGCGAGAGCUGCCAGCUUGUCAGCACUGUCGGAAGACGGUCUCCGAGUGCCACUACGAGACCAAGCGGGCCAAGCCUGGCAUGAAGGCUGGCGCGCUGGAUAAUAUCCAUCGUCGGCUCGACGCACUGGAGCGCUCAGUCGGGCGCCAACAGUCCAGGCUGGAGACCUUCGAAGGGGAGCAGGGCUCUCAUGGUGACGCGAAUUUACAGACGAUCCUGUCCUCCCUGGCAGCAGGCCUGCAGAAACUGGACAAGACACCAGUCGUAUCAGGGCCCGGUCCCUCUUUGAAGCGACGACGACAUGAUUCCAACGGGGCGCAGUGCACCCCUUUACCUGGCUUACCGCCGAUCCCAGACGAUACGGUUUUGAGUCAUGUUCUCGAAGCGUACUUCAUCUAUCUCCAUCCGUGGACUCCGAUUAUCCACGAAAGCAGGCUGCGACGGCGACUGGUCGACGACCAUCAACGAGAGAAAUUGCAACUUGUCCUGUACUCCAUGAUCCUGGUAGCCGGGCGAUAUAUUGAAGAUGGUGAUACGGCAGCUUAUUUGUCGCAAUUGGUGGGCGAGCCUGAGAAUACGAGGGACUGGCUAGUUUCGCAGGCAAUGAAGCAGCCAUCUGUUGAAAAUCUGCAGGCUCUUGUCCUGGUUGCCUCGGACGAUAUCGCCAGUGGCCAUACAGCCCGCGCGUGGCCACUCGUGGGCUCCCUCUCUCGCAUGGUCGAGUACCUGCAAUUAACAGUAGAGCACGACGAGGCAGUCCAACACCCCUUCUCGCAGCCAUACAAGUCGCUCCCAUCCCCAGCCGACUGGACCGAAGCCGAAGAAAGGCGACGCAUCUUCUGGAGCAUCUUUGCGCUGGACCGCUUCUGCUCCGUGAGCAUGGGCUGGAAUACCAGUUUAACGGCCGACGAUGUCCGCCGUCGUCUCCCCUGCGAUGGAAUCACCUGGCGAAAAGAAGACCCCGUCGUCACUCCGUACUUUGGAAUCUGGGAUAAGUCUACCGGCCGGAUUGGCAAUCCAAUUGCCUUCCUCCCUGCGCAUCCCGCUCCAGCCCGGGCAGCAGAGGAGGAAGACGGCAGCAUCUCUGAGGCUGGAACAUCUCCAGGCACAGCGUCAUCAGCAGUUGACAUGUCCACUGUCGGGGCCUACGCUUACUGCAUCGAAGCAACAGAAUCACUGAGCCGUGUAACAACAUACUUCCUGCAGCAGAAAGUCAACCUCAACGACCAAAAGGAAUUCGGAGCCUGGCUUACGCGCUUUAAAGAACUGGAUCUCCGACUGGUGCACUGGAAGAUGCUUCUCCCUCAGAAAUGGACCGUCAACGUGUCUCCAUCGCAGCCGGCGUGGACGAGGAUGGAUCCGAACCUGACACUGGCUCAUGUAACACACAAUGCGUCUAUGAUCCUCCUACAUCAGCCGAUCGCGUUUCCACUGCGCGCCUGGCCCUUCAAGAGCCGUCUUCCUAGUGUCUGCAGUAUGGAUACGUGCCAGGCAGCCGCAAUUGAAGUGGCAACCAUUACCAACCACUAUCUAAAGGGCUCCCUGCCGACAGCACCGGUGAACAGUCAGUUCGCAUUCUGUGUCUUUAUAGCUGCGCGGGCACUCCUCCUGUACUGGCAGCAUAGUCGCGACCAAGAGACCGUCGCCCCAGAGUUCUGGAUGUUGACCCAAAGCCUCGAUGCAAUGUCUGCUCGCUGGGGUGGAACGCAGGCAGCUGAGACUGGUUCUGGCUCUGGCGUCAGAAACUUGGCUACUAAAUAUUCUUCAACCCUGGCUGAACUCCAUAGGCAAACUGCUGAGGACGAGUCCUUCUCCAUCAGCAUUUCCGCUUACACUACAGAGGUAAUGCACUUGUCGGAGUCUCCAUCUAGCAACCGCCCAGCUGCAUCUCCCAGUAUCAGCGGCACCACGGCCCAGACGCAUAAUCCCAAUACUGGGCCACAUAAUCAAGCAAUCCCUGCUCCCAACCAGGAGGAUGCGCUGAGCCCCCAGCCAGGAAACAGCGAUAGCAAUAUACCCGCACAGCCAAUGUAUCCCAAUCCCAGAGUGGCAUCGCUGACUCCCGGCGCAUUUACUCUCAACAUGGGCAUUCCUGCGCAGAAUAAUGCCGUUCCCAACAUCCUGCGGCCGGACUUGACUGGGGACUCGGAUGAUCCAAUGGCCAUGUCUCAGAUGUUGCUCGAUCAGCAGUUUACGGGCUUGGAUCGGGUCAUUAGUUACAGUGAUGGAUUGUUCGGGUCGGAAUUUGACGGGCGGAGAUGGUGAUUAUGUAUUUGUUUAAUAUACCAUAUAUGUGUUCUUCUGAUCAAGUUAUUAUCAUCUAUACAAAUAACAGGGCAGGUGCUGGAGCACUCGUGAUUAGCCUAUGUUCCGUAAAAAUGCUAUAGUGCCAAUUAUUAUACAACUUCCUAGGAAUAUAGUGUUUAAAGC